UUCCGGUCCUUGGCGCUUCCUUCCAGCCUAAGCAGGUCAAUCAGGAGUCCCGGCUGGCGCACCUGGGUCUCUUCGCAGCGUGACCGAGAGUGGGAUCUGCAAGGGGUGAGCUGGGACCUCGCACCUGCCCCCGGAACUACCCCAUGCCCUGCCUUUGUGGCCUGACGGGCGUGGGAUUGGGGGCCGCCCAAAGGAAGGACAGGCCUGGGAGUCGCCUCGGGGCCUAAGGCUUUGGGGCAUCUGACCCCAGCCUUUUUGGAGUCGGCGUCGCCAGGGCCCUUUUCUCUAAAUUCCGAGACCUGCGCCAGAACGCUCCACGUUGGCACUUCAGGGCGCUUCUGGAUUGUGUCCGGCCCGCGACCCUGCCGUUCUUUUCCUUCCAGCAUGAUCCGCUGGAACCCCCACGCCUUGCCUGAAAAAGACCACUCAACCUGGACGAACCCUUUGGCAGCCUCCGACCGUCCUUGAGGAGGAUGACUGAGACACAAUGGGCCAGGCGCUGUGUGUUUGCUCUCGGGAAACUGUCAUCAUUGACAAUAAGCGCUACCUCUUCAUCCAGAAACUGGGGGAGGGUGGGUUCAGCUAUGUGGACCUAGUGGAGGGGUUACAUGAUGGACAGUUCUACGCCCUGAAGCGAAUCCUGUGUCAUGAGCAGCAGGACCGAGAGGAGGCCCAACGAGAAGCAGACAUGCAUCGCCUCUUCCAUCACCCCAACAUUCUUCGCCUUGUGGCUUAUUGUCUGAGGGAGCGAGGCACUAAACAUGAGGCCUGGCUGCUGCUACCCUUCUUUAAGAGAGGUACACUGUGGAAUGAGAUAGAAAAGCUGAAGGACAAAGGCAACUUCUUGACUGAAGAGCAAAUCCUUCGGCUGCUGCUGGGUAUCUGCAGAGGCCUUGAGGCUAUUCAUGCCAAGGGUUAUGCCCACAGGGACCUGAAGCCCACCAAUAUCUUGCUUGGAGAUGAGGGGCAGCCAGUUUUAAUGGACUUGGGUUCCAUGAAUCAAGCAUGCAUCCAUGUGGAGGGGUCCCGCCAAGCUCUGACCCUACAGGACUGGGCAGCCCAGCGGUGCACCAUCUCUUACCGAGCCCCGGAGCUUUUUUCCGUGCAGAGUCACUGUAUCAUCGAUGAGCGAACUGAUGUCUGGUCCCUAGGUUGUGUUCUAUAUGCCAUGAUGUUUGGGGAAGGCCCUUAUGACAUGGUGUUCCAGAAGGGUGACAGUGUGGCCCUUGCUGUACAGAACCAGCUCAGCAUCCCACAGAGCCCCAGGCAUUCUUCAGCCUUGCGGCAGCUGCUGACCCUAAUGAUGACUGUGGACCCCCAGCAGCGUCCUCACAUUCCUUUCCUUCUCAGUCAGUUGGAGGCACUGCAGCCCCCAGCUCAGGGCCAGGACACUACCCAAAUCUGAACAAACCAGUGGCCAUAUAGAGGUGUCCCCUCUGCCUUGGGAAGGAUUCCCAUCCCUCAUUGGAAUCCCCAUCCAUUCUAUCCAGGACAACUCUCUUGUAGUUGUGGGCAGCUGGGGGUAGAGACAGCGCAGUAUUGUCUCUGCUUCUGUUCUCUUACCCCCAAAAGCAACAACUGGAAAGGCAGCCUGACUGGGUAGGAGUGGGAAAGGGUGGGGGAUGGGGAGAGGGAAACUGAUAGAAUCUGGUAAAGGCUCUGAGCAGGACUGCUGAGCUUACAUCAUGAUCUGCCUCCAAAUCUGGGAGCAGGAGAAUGUAUUCAUAGAAGAAUAAAGCAAAAGCAGCUUGG